CUUAAUAUAUGAAAAAACACACUUCAUAGAAAUAAGAUUUAUGCAUAUUUCCUGGGCAUGACAGCUGCACAUAAUCUUAUCAUUGGAAUGCUAUUUGUGCAAAUUAGUGAAAUUAUGUUAAGAAAUAUGGAAUUGUUGAAACAUGAAAUGUGCUUUGUCCACUGACUCUGCUCACCACAAGGGGGCAGCAGUGCACUUCACGCAGCAUCACAGCUACCCUGCAGAAGAAGAACGCCGUUGCUACGCGACGCAACACGCAUCACAAUUGUGUUAUAACAUUAUUCGAGCCUUUCUUUCCACAUUUCUGCCAACAGUUAUUGUUGAACUAUCCAGCCAUGCCUCUUCCAGACACAAUGUACUGUUCCCAGCAAAUCAACAUCCCCCCCGAGCUACCAGACAUCCUGAAAAACUUCACUAAGGCAGCCAUCCGUACACAGCCCAAGGAUUUGCUGGUGUGGUCUGCGGCAUACUUCAGUGCGCUGUCUAAAGGAGAGUGUCUGCCAGUCAAGGACAGGCUGGAGAUGAAUGCCGCCACCCAGAGAACUGACACUGGGCUGACUCCAGGUCUACUCAAGACUCUUCACAAACAGCUGUCCCCCAGGAAAACAUGCAGCAAGGAGGAAGUGCAGAAGAAGUGGAAGGGCCUGUGUCUCCCCGUGGAUCAGCUGGAGAGCCUGCUGUCGCUGGGCAGCUUUGGCUCAGACAUCGACUGGAUGGAAUUGUUCUCUCUGGGCUGCAGUGCUCUGGGAGGGACCCUCGUGAGUUCUCUGAAGUUUGCCUGUGAGAUCCUGACAGAGGAUGAGGAGGGCGGUGCUGCGAGGAUCCCCUUCGACACCUUCGUCAAACUCUACACCUUCCUGGCUCACCUGGACGGAGACAUGCCACAGCAACACAUCGACAACUUCCUCAGCAGCCUGCAGCCACAAGUGGAGCUCCAACACGGGAUGAUUAAACCUUUAGACUUCAUAUAUCAGGAUAAUAUCGACUCAACGACUCAUGCUUCGUCAAACUUUGCCAAAGCAACCUCACGAGCGGAAUAACAAUUAUGUGAACAACAUUGACACAGUGACUGCGUGUUGAUGCAUUUGUUUAUAGGUGAGACCGAAACACCUUUCACUACUCUGUGUCUAAUGUAACUAAUGCGCUGGAUUUGGGUUUACAACUCACAUUAUCUUGGUGCUGAGGUGGGAGGAGCCAGCAGAAACCUCCAGGGCUGCAUAUGAUAGGGACCUGUCAAUCAAGCACACUUCCCCAUUAUCUUCUUUAUGGAACAAUGAUCUCACAAUCCCCACAGUGACACAGAUUGGCACAUGGCAAAUGAAUUAUUGAGACCUGAACUCCUAGUGAAAAUAUGUAAUUAUUUGGUAUUACAAGAGAGAUGUUCUUUCUUUGAGCUAGUGUUCCUGCAGCUAUUGGGAUAAUGACAGUUCAAAGCACUUCUGCAUUCCCCACUAUUCCUCACCAUCACAGUGAGAUGUUUCAAUCUAGGUAUCUUUGUAUUGUAUUUUGUAUCAUUAGUGAUUCCGCCUCGAACAGCAUUUGAGGGACGAGCUAUACAUAAUGCUGACUUGGCCAGGCUGUAUUUGGGCGUUGUUCUUACACACAUGAACACACAUCACACAAAAUCAUGGUCCAUUGCUGGCUGAUUAAAAUUAGUUAAUUACCACUAUUCGAUUGCUCUUAUUCAACUGGCAGUGAAAGCUUUUUCUGUCCCUGAAUUGAAGUGUUGUCCUUAGCCUCUUAAUAAUAAGUGGUGUCCGUCCCGACCCCAUGAACUGAUUGAGCAAUAAUACAUGAAGUGUUUCUAAUCACUCUACUAAUUAUCACUACAUUAAGUCGUUCCUAUGAAGUGGAAAAACAUAAUUUUCUGGCAAAUCUAAGACACAAGCGGACCCAUUAAAACCUUGUUGUAAACAUUCACAAUUAUCAUCACACACACACACCCCACAAAAACCUAAACAGUUCAGUACUUGUGUCAAGAAGAGAUCACAGGGAUCUUUGUAUUGCACUCCUGCUUCGGGUAUGCCAUCGAAGAGGUGUGUUGGUGUGUUCUGGCUGCUUGUGGUCUUAGGGGGAAUAUAUAAACAACCAAAUGGGGGAAUGACUGUAGAAGCUUGUCUAAUACCAGCACCAAGGUCAAUAUGCUCAUUAAGUUAAUUUGGGAUGCUAGCAUUUAUAAACCAAGAGUGAUUUUAUAAAUGUAUUAAAGUGGACCUAUCAUGCUAUAUUUGAAA